AUGAGUUUCCAGAGCUCUGUUUUGCAAAACUCCCGAGAAGAUAUUUCAGAGAAUGCCGUAAGAGCUAGGAGCUCGUCCGUUGGUAGUGAAGGGGGUCGUACGAGCCAAACCGUUCUCGGAGUUGCCCGUCUGAGGAAGGUUGCCGUACAGCAAGUCAGCCGCAUUUGGCACGCUGGAAGAUGGCAGAAUCUUCCAGAUUUCACUCGUUUACUUCUCAUUGCUCUUGUUUCCACCUAUUGUCUGAGUUGGUACCCGCCGUUCACGCAGUUUUUCUCGUUUACGCCGGCUGAGACACUAGCAGGGCUGCGGAUCUGGAACGUGGUCACGUACGGAUUCGUUGAGGUUCACGCGCUACACCUCUUUUUGACGCUCUUGGUACUCGUCACCGUAGGACGAUCUUUAGAAGAAGUUUGGCGAGGAUCGGAGUCUCCCGGCGGCUCAACGGAGCGCUUGUUGGAGCUUGCUAUGUACGUGCUUUUCAUCACAGCUUUCGCGAGCGUGCUGUCGUUCGUUAUCACUUUUGGCGCGUUUUUGUGGUGGAAACUCCGUCCUGAGUACUUGUUUGCAAGUAGCGCUGGUUUCUAUGCAGGAAAUGUAGCUUUACUUGUCGCGUAUGCUCGAUACCGACCGGAGCAGACGUUUCCGAGCCUGGGCACUCUCGCUCGUUUCGUUCCAGUCCGUACGUUUCCUCUGAUGUAUGUGAACACGAUCGUAUCCCUCGUUCCGUUGGUACCGACCCUAUGGCUCUCGGGAUUGGUGACCAUUUGCGCCUUUGUCGGUAGCUGGGGAUACUUCCGAUUCGCGAAAAAGUUUCAGUUGCCAACCCCGGAGGUCGCCGGGGCUCCCGCCGAAUUCCCACUGUACAUGUUGCUGCCAGAAUUCGUCAUGCACAUCCUCCAGCGUGUUGGAAUCAUGCGAGGCGCAUGCGGGGACCCCGGGACAACCUCUUUAGAAGAUGGAUCCACUGAACAACGGGAUGAUUCCGCCCGAAGACGCGCAACUGCUGCGAGCCUUCUAGAUCAGCACCUAUAUCGUUCCGCCACCAAUCAAGACGCAGUAUCCCCGACGAAUGUGUGA